GGCAAUAUUCCAAAGGGUAGUGAAUGAAAUAUUCCAUUUCUAGAGAAAAGGUGUACAGCUUAUAAGUGCAUGCAUCUAGCUAAUUGUUUAGAAGGUGGGAAAGGUCAUGGAGAUUUUCAGACACCUUGUGUAUGCUUUGCCUCUUCUUGUUCUCCUUCUACAUCUCGUUCACUCACAGAGCCAAACCGGUUUCAUUAGCUUAGAUUGUGGGCUUCCAAAACACUUCCGAUAUACAGAGCCAACAACAAAAAUAGAUUAUAUUUCAGACGCACCUUUUAUUAGCAGUGGCGUAACUAAGAGCAUAUUGGCAGAAUAUAAAGCUACCAACCAACAACAAGUAGCAGUGGUAAGAAGCUUCCCUCAAGGAACCCGCAACUGUUACAAACUAAACGUUACAAAAGCUACAAAGUAUUUGAUCAGAACUACUUUUCUGUAUGGAAACUAUGACGGCCAAAAUAAGCUGCCCAAGUUUGAUCUCCACUUGGGAACUAGCUACUGGGUUACAGUGAAUUUCAGCUCAGUAAGUUUAAGCAUCAUGAAGGAGCUUAUACAUUUUAACUCGCAAAACCAUCUACAAAUCUGUCUUAUAAACACAGACUCUGGGACACCUUUUAUUUCAGCAUUAGAACUGAGACCUCUUAAAAAUACAACUUAUGUUACUUCAACUGGCUCAUUAGCACUCGACCGUCGCUUGGACUUUGGUUCAAUCUCCAAUCAAUCAUACAGGUAUCCGUACGACAUAUAUGAUCGCCUGUGGACGCCCUAUACACAGAAAGAGUGGACCACAGUAACAACCUCGUUUACAAUAAAUCAUGCUGUAGAUAGCAAUGACUUCCAGCCGCCCUCUGUUGUGAUGAACACCUCUGCCACGCCAUUAAACUCAAGUGCUCCAUUGGAAUUCUAUUGGGUGCCCCGAGAUGAAACUACCAAGUAUUAUACAUACAUGCACUAUGCUGAACUCCAACUGCUCCAAUCAAACCAGUCCAGAGCAUUCGAUAUCUAUCUCAAUGGGGAUUUGUGGUUUCAACCUAGAACUCCCGUUUACUUACGAUCAGACCUCGUAUACAUGAGCAGUGCUGCCUCAGCAUCAAAUUAUAAUUUCUCAUUUGUUAGGUUGAAAAACUCGACUCUCCCACCAAUCCUUAACGCCCUCGAGGUCUAUACGCUCAUAGAGUUCUUGCAACCAGAAACAGACCAAGACGAUGUGGAUGCCAUCACCAACAUAAAGUCUAUUUAUGAAGUACGUAGAAACUGGCAAGGAGAUCCAUGUGCUCCUGUAGCAUUCUUAUGGUCAGGUCUAAGUUGCAGCUACAAAGAUUCUAAUACCCUUAGAAUCAUAUCCUUGAAUUUGUCAUCAAGUGGGUUGACUGGCGAGAUAACUUCGUAUAUAUCCAGUCUCACGAUGUUAGAAUCAUUGGAUUUAUCAAACAAUAGCUUAACUGGAUCUAUUCCUGAUUCUUUAUCUCACUUGCCAAACUUGGGUGUCUUGAAUUUAAAAGGAAAUAUGCUCACCGGUUCAGUUCCAGUUGAACUCAUUCGAAAGUCAAACAACGGUUUUCUCUCAUUAAGCGUUGGAGAGAAUAAACAUCUUUGUGCAUCCGUUCCAUGCAAAACGAAGAAGAAUAAUAAUGUUCUUAUUCCAUUGGUAUCAUCAAUUGGCGCACUGGUCAUCCUGUUGAAUGCAGCAGCUAUCUUUGUGGUCCUAAAACGACAAAAACAACAAGGUGCAAGAUUGACUGUCCAAAAGAAGUCAUUGGAGCCUAAUAAACGUCAAUUUACAUAUUCUGAGCUCUUAAAAAUAACAAAUAACUUCGAAAGAACUCUUGGUAAAGGUGGAUUUGGAACAGUUUUCCAUGGCCUAAUAGAGGGCACUGAAGUAGCUGUGAAGAUGCUUUCUUCUACAUCGGUUCAGGGGUAUCAACAAUUUCAAACAGAGGUUAAGCUUCUCAUGAGAGUUCAUCAUGGAAACUUGACAAGCCUUGUCGGGUACUGCAAUGAAGGAACCAACAUGGCUCUUAUUUAUGAGUACAUGGCCAAUGGAAAUCUUGAGUCUUAUCUUUAUGCAGAUGGAAGCGAAAAUGUUUUAAGUUGGCAAGGAAGACUUCAUGUAGCCUUGGACGCCGCACAAGGAUUGGACUAUCUGCACAGUGGUUGUAAGCCACCUAUAGUUCAUAGAGAUGUGAAGACCUCAAAUAUAUUAUUAGCUCGGAAUUUUCAAGCCAAACUAGCUGAUUUUGGGCUAUCCAAAACUUUCCCAACAGAUAGUGGCACUCAUGUGUCUACCGCUAUUGCCGGCACCCCCGGUUACCUUGACCCGGAGUACUACAAAACAAAUAGGUUGAAUGAGAAAAGCGAUGUUUACAGUUUUGGAGUAGUUCUCCUACAAAUAAUCACAAGCCAACCUGCCAUAAGUAAAAGGGAGGAGAGGACUCACAUAAGCCAAUGGGUUGGUAAUAUGGUUGUCAAUGGGGAUAUUAGAAGUGUGGUGGAGCCAAACUUACAGGGAGAUUUCGAAGUUAAUUCAGUGUGGAAAGCUGUUGAAAUAGCAAUGGCUUGUGUAUCUCCAACAUCCUCUCAAAGGCCAAAUAUGAACCAAGUGGUGAUUGAACUAAAAGAUUGUCUAGCAAUGGAGUUAGCUCGGAAGAACUACAAACCUCUGACCCAUUCGGCAGCUGAAUGCAGUGAAAUGUCUUAUAUAGCAUCUUCUGCUGAACUGAUCAAUCCCUUAGCAAGAUAGUAGUCUGUAUAUUAUAAUGAUGCUACUCCUUUUAGAGGUGAAAUAUUUUCCAUGUUUUUAAAUAUCUUAAAGCCUUUGUUUUCUCUAUGGUUUUCCUUUCAUGUGGAGUUUGACAUGUCAGGCAUUGUCAUACUGUAUGUAAUAUUAUCGAAUUAAGAGUUUAAUAAAUCUUUUGUGCUUAAUCAAAAA